AUGACCUUGCUGGCAGAUCUCGAGGCGGCCUCGGUCGUGCUUCGCCGCAGCAUUGCCGUGUCCUGCACGGAAGAAAUCUCCUCCAGCCCGUCAAGGACAGACAUCCCCGUCCUCCUCCCGCCUCCCGGGGUCCCCCACGACGAGACCGGCGUUGGCGAGGACGACAUGGGCAAGAAUGGCCCCAACACCAUCAACUGCAUCAACACCAAGACCAACAACGUUCCGAGCGGUCACGAGCGGCGCAUCAAGGUCGUCGACACCAUCGUGUCCGAGGGCAACUGCAACGGGCAGGCUGUCCCCGUCGGCUGGCCGUCAUGCGCAAGCAAGCCCACGGCGAGCUAA